CUUUGAUUCUGCUAAUCUUUUUAUGCUGAAGCUUGCUGGAUCCUCAUAUUUUUCGACGUGGUAAUAAAUACAUACUAAGUAUAAAUGAGAAAUAAAAGAAGCAGCCAGAACCACGAUCGAAUAAGUAUAUUAAUGCUCUCUGCUCGUUGUCAACAUGAUAGUAGGACAUUAACUCAGAAAGAGAUGGAGAUGAUUGAUUGAAGAAGCAUUAUCAAAUAAAUCAUAAUCAAGAAUAUGAAAAAUUUUGUACUUGAUCAUCUCCAACUGAGCUCAGCAUUUCAGAAAAAGGAUCUGGAUGAGUGAAAACAGCCAUGAUGUACUUGUCUUUUUAGAGAAGGUGUCAACUUUCUGAACGUGACACGCAAACGUUGGAGCCUCGUGUUGGUUUCCCCUAGUCAUUUCGACUAGCGUCUGCCUAUUCCUAUCCUUGGGAAAAACCCUCAAUUGGUUUCAAAACACAAAAAAUCAAAAGAGCUUAUCUGCUUCGGUAGGAAUAUCGCUGUAGUACGAAUGAUUUCCUCUCUUAGUGUUAUUAUAAGUUUCUAAAAAUUCGCAUGAUGGAGCAGGCUGUAGCUCCCUACUGAUGCAUCAACACCUUUAACAAAAGUUAAAGUUCUGAAAUGAUUUCCAAGAAGAUACAAGAAAACAGCAUACCCAUACUCGUGUCGGAAAAACAAGAGACGAGCCGCGGCGUCGCUCGUGAACGAACGUAAUCAACCGAGUCAUCCAAGAGCAGCGAAAGCGCCUUGGCCUUCCAGAAUGGUGUCGUCUUACUUAUGGCGUAUCAGCAGCACGACUUCAUAUUCUGGAUUUGAAAUUACAUACAAGUCAGUAGCUAUAAUAGAAUUUAUUUUAGAAGUGAACUACACUAAGACAAGAAAGACUAAGAUGAAUGUUGCAGAGAUUGGGACAAACACAAUCUACAUGACAAAGCAGGUUAGAAUUUUUUUUUAGAAGAAGCUGCCACCUGCCAUUCUGAUCCUUCCAAGUCAAAAAAGUUAAACCUCUAACAAACUUCACAAGUUUGUUCUGUUGUUCGUCCUCUACGUCAUCCGGCACGAAAGCUGAUCAAACUAAGCCUUCGCGCGAUCCUCCAACGGCCUUGGGAUCAUCUUCCUCAUCGCAGAGCAGGAAUAGUUAUGUUCGAUGGGAGGCAAGGCACACGAUAACAGCCGCUUGUUUUCUCUUUGGUAACACAUCAGCAGAGGAGCUACGCUUGUACCUCCAUGAUCCAUUUAUAUUCAGCAGGGAAAUUUUACACUUUGGCAGAAGACCGCGAUGAUUGGUGAUUACUCGAGGUACUAGUUCUAAGUCCAAAGAGCUAUGACUCUCUAAUUCUCAACGGAGGGGGCUCCAGGACAUGUAACAUGCCACGCUGACACGAUGUUGGGUCCGAUUCCUGUGGGUGCAUUAUUUGCCGAUGCCUCUAGACAAGAAGCGCCUAGGUCAAGUGCCGCCUUCGAGUCACUUCCUCUUAAGACAGCACUGUAAAAAUUUUGUUUUGGCUUAUUUGAGUUGGAGGUCCUGAGCUUUCGCCUUGCACUUAGCGAGCUGCACGACAUUUUUAUGGUUUGAUUCAUGAGGGCAAAGUGCCGCUCCUUAUCCGCAUGGGAAUAGGUUGUGCCUAAGUAAAAACCAACCCUUCAAGAACUUCUUCAUUCUCUUCAGUAUGAAUCAUGUACUCGUCAUCAAUGUCAGAUGGCGUGGCCUAGUAAUCAAUAUCCAUCCACCAUUGACUACAUCAACGAGAACGACAAGCUGCAUCAUCUACUUCUAAUCAUGAUAGCAGCACUAGUCUAGUAAGUACAUAAAAACAGAACUACAACUUCCAACAGUGGCUACAGCGACGCUUCUACAACGUAUUUCUACAACGAUAAUAUUAAGUCUCAUCGAUCCACUUCUAACACUUGCAACGCUAGAUUUGACUCUUUAGGACCCAGGGAUAGAGUGAAGAUGAAAACGACGCUACAAAAUCUUACCACGCGAUUCGUAAUGGAGCUGCAGAAGGGCAAAGUCUUUCUCAAAUUGGGAAGAAAUGUUAAGGUGUAGAUGGUAUCUAGCAGGUACAAGUAUAAAGUUUGAGUACUACUAGUGCCUAGUGGGUAGAAAUUUAGUUACGACUUCAUCAACCUCUACUGCAUUCAUUUUGAUAGCAGUAGGUUGUAGACGAGUUUAUUUCCUGCAUUAUAGCAGUAACAGGUAAGUAAUUUGAUCGUGUUCAAUGGGGUGUAUUACCCAAAAUCCGAUCUUUGUUAUACCGUACAAUAAACUGUCCUUGAAGCUAUUAGAAAGUCUAAGAUCCGGCGAUUGUUUUACCGUUGGUGCACCAUCGAUGCUGGCAGAUCGAGCUUUAGUAUGAACGUAAAGGGGCAAAUAGUGGAGUAUCCUUUCUUUAUGCACGGUUUGAUAGUUGUACUAAUGUUCAGUUGAUGACGUUGGUAUUCACUUGACCAGGGACAGGGAGGGUUAGACCUGAAAUGCAUGACCAUGACCAUGCUAAGAUGAUCGUGCUCAUCGUGUUUGAUGUCUUUUCAAGUACUCAUAAUAUGGGGCGCAUGGUGCAUGGCGUAGCAUGCAGUGCAUGGAACACCUGCAGCCUGCCCACGCAUGGAAUGUGUCGCAAGCGUGUAACGGACGGCCACGCGUGGAGCAUGCCCCGCCGAAGUUGGGUCUGAUAGUCUAGACGCCUGGGGGCGGGAGGCGCUUGGUGAUGUGUCGGGGGGUGACGUUCCCGGCGGCGCUGCAGCUAAGGGGGCCCUGAGCUAAGGGAGCCAGCUUGCGAGUGAGUAGGCGGGCAGUUGUAGCCGUCGGGGGUUUGUAGCGUAGGCGGGGAGCUGUAGCCCCAACCAUGGGCGCAGCCGGCGGCGCUUUGGCUGAUGCCUUGGCCGUCUUAAGGACCCCCGCCCGCGAGUGAGUGGCCUGGGAGUCUUCGCUGUCCGGGUUGGCUGAUAGGCCAGACGCACGGGGAGCACUGUCUUGGGUGUAACAUGCCCAGGGGUCGCUGGCGGCGCUGCAGCUGCUUGGACGGCUUGAGGGCGCCGGGCCUGGGCCGCGGGUGAGCGCGUCGGCCCGGGGGCUCUGCGUAGAAGUCGGAGCUGGGGUUGGCAGGUUAGGCGUCUGAGGUGCCUCCCCGAUGUACCGAGCUGGAGGCGUGUACACUCUGACAGAGAGGCGCCCGAACGGCGUCUCGCAAAAUUUUCACGAAUGAAGUGCAUGGGGUACCUGCUCCAUGCUACUCCAUGUGUUCCAUGCACUCCAUGCCAUGUGCCUGGAGAAUCCUUAUAAAUAUAAACUGCUCUGUCGUAUGAAACAAAGAAAGUCAUCGCCUCGCUUUCUGCUUUUUACAUCAAUUUGAUACUCUCUUGACAGGGAGCUACAAGCAAAUAUUUAGGGCUCAGCUCUAUUAUCUAUUGUCCUCUCCAACAUGAACAUCAUCUUUAUCUACUUUAGAAUCAUUUUUGUACACGUAUGACACCACUCAUACUGUCUCAAAUCCAGUCUGUUCGCUUUGGAUUCGACCUCUCGGAUUUCUUUCAAGUGCCUCUUUCGAUGCCUAGCGAGUCGCUUGGCGGCGUUUUGAUAUUGAAUGACAUUAAGGAAACGUUAUUCUAACGAUACAUGAGGACAAUAAUUUGUGAAUGAUAUACCUUAAUAUGGGCUUGACGAGCUGCAUAAUAUCGUCAUCACAAUCACAUGCUGCAGAUGAUGCAGCACUAGGUCCACCACCAUCCGUGACCAUGAUUUCAAGUACCAGUGCCACCAAUGAAAAGUCACCUACAAAGGAGUAUAUUUUGCGUCUGAAAUACAGUAGAACAAAUCAUUUCUAGAACUAGCCAAUUUCUAGGCAUCUUCGUGUCCCGGAUAUUGUUUAGUCUCCGUUAUAGUACACGCACGGCUAAUGUGUGAGACUCAUCAUGCCAUGCCAUGCGUCCAGCACUGUCUCAUCAUGUCAUGCCAUGCGUCCAGCACUGUCUAAGAAAAACCGCCGAUUGAACCUGGUUUUUUCAAGUCCAGACGAGCGAGACCAAUUCGUCUCCUGCAUGCUGGUACUUCUCGCAGAUCAUCGAAUGCGAGACAAGGCUUAGAUGAUGUUCGGCAGACCAUGACCAACACAUAUAAAUAGAUGAUCAUGGGAAGACCAACACAUGGUAAAAAGAUGACCACAUAAUGAGAAGACCAACACAUAGAUGAUGUUGGGGAAACCAACACCUAGAUGACGUUGGGGAAACCAACGCAUAGAUGAUGUUCUUGGGGAAACCAAUACUGUUGAGGAGACGUCCUUGGGAAACGAGAACUGCGCAGAAACAUAGGUAAGGAGAUAGUUUUUUAGGUGGAUCCACUCCUUCUAUCCUAUCUAUUUUGCAUCUAUCAAACCAUCGAGGCUCGCUCCCCUGAAGGGGAAAGGGAUAGCGGUGGGGGUCUGCCUAGAUGGAAUAGACACCAUUCAUACUAUCUCAACAGGAGAACUGCAAUUAUACCGACACACUUUCAAUUCAUUCUCUUUUCAAUCACUCUCUAUCAAUUUUCAAUCAUUUACAUCAUAUUUUGUGAAAUUGAAAAGGAAUUCAUGAAAUCGUACGCCGAGUGUUUCGCUCGACGAGGUCCAGACUUUCAGUACAACUUUCUGGUCUUGACAAUUAUAUUCAGUGUUGGAGGAGGUGUUCC